CGUUACGGCAAAGUGGGAGUGAUUCGACGAUAGGAGGAGCUUUCCUGGACUAGCCUUACAGCGGCAACCCAACAGUCGUCCGACCUCCUUACUCGCUCUUCUUCCGGGUAGAAAGGUACAGGUGUCGCGGUGCUCUCUCCCUCUUCAGCUUGUCUGGUGUCGACAUGGCGGGUGUUCAUAUAUCAGCUAGCAGGCCUUACCACCUGGUUAUCUUCGGAGCCUCCGGGUUCACGGGACAGUUUGUGGUGGAGGAGGUGGCCCGGACCGUGUCCGAGGGUCCGCAAGGGAAUCUGAAAUGGGCCGUGGCCGGGAGGAGCAAGAAGAAGUUGGAGCAAGUUCUGGAGCAGGCCGCCUCUGUCCUCGGAAAGCCCGAGCUGAGGACCGGGGUGGACAUUAUUGUCGCAGAUGUGGAGGAACCCGACUCGCUGGUGGCUAUGUGCAAGCAGACCGUCAUUGUUCUCAACUGUGUGGGGCCUUACAGGUUCUUUGGUGAGCCGGUUGUCAAAGCCUGUGUGGAGAAUGGAGCCCAUCAUCUUGACAUCUGUGGAGAACCUCAGUUUCUGGAGGGCAUGCAACUCAAGUACCACAAUCAGGCAGCAGAAAGGGGCGUGUACAUCAUAGGAAGCUGUGGAUUUGACUCCAUCCCUGCAGACAUGGGCGUCCUGUACACCAGAGAUCAGUUUAAGGGUACUCUUACUGCUUUGGAGAGCUUCCUGACUGUCAACACGGGCCCUGAGGGAGGAUGCAUCCAUGAUGGCACGUGGCAGUCGGCCAUCUACGGAUUCGCAGACAGCCACAAGCUUCAAAGUCUUCGGAGGAAGUUUAAUUACAAACCUUUUCCCUCAGUUGGCUCCAAGCUGAAACGCAGGGGUGCAUUGUUCUACAGUAAUGAGAUCCAACAGUACACGGUGCCCUUCAUGGGUUCUGAUCCGUCAGUUGUUAAGAGAACACAGCGCUUCCUGGUGGAGGAAUAUCAGGCCAGUCCGGUACAGUAUGGAGCGUAUGCAGGCAUUGGCGGUAUUGGCAACAUCAUCAAAUUGAUGUUUGCCGGCAUGAUGUUCUGGUUGUUAGUCAAGUUCAGUUUUGGACGGGACUUGCUAGUCAAGCAUCCAGAGCUCUUCUCCUUUGGACUCUUCUCCAAGGCUGGACCAACUCGGAAGCAGAUGGAAUCAUCCUCAUUUCGGUUUGUGUUCUACGGAGAGGGAUACACAGAGGGACUGGAUCCUUCCCAGGGAAAACCGAAUGGCAAGAUUAGCACCUUGGUUCAAGGACCAGAAUGUGGUUAUGUGGCCACACCCAUUGCCAUGGUGCAAGCUGCUCUAACCAUCCUCAAUGAAUCCACAGCUUUGCCCAAGAGUGGAGGAGUGUACACACCAGGAGCUGUUUUUGCAAAAACCACCCUAAUCGAGCGUCUCAACAAACAUGGCAUCCAGUUCUCUGUCAUCUAAGGUUCCCUGUGUGAUGCUGGGCUCCAGUUUUUGGUUGAAGCACUUGAAAGCAGUCACAAAAUAACAACUGGAAUGUUGGCAAUUAAAAAGAUCAUUUCAUGUUGGUAUUGUUGGAUUAUAUUCUAACAACGCUUGCCUAACAAUCCUUUUUGCACUUAUAGUAUCUUUCUGCAGAAUAUAUCAUUACUGCUGUUCACCAUGAUAGGGGCUUAGCGCUACCAGGUAACCUAACCGCAUGAUAACAGCUGGAGUUAGACACAAUCCAAAAUUUGGUUCUCAUGCAAUCUAAAUUCCGUUAGUGUAAAACAUGUAGCAGCUUCCCAAGCACCAUCCAAGUAACAAUGGUAAUGCAAAAUAACGUGUGCUGUAGCAGCCUCGUGCGUCUGUAUGCAUGUACAUGCUUACUUUUUGAAGGCAUGUUCUGCCUGUUUAGGUAUCAGUUGGAAUAUCACCUACUUUAUUGUAUGUUCAUCCUGAUGUGCUUGUAAGAAUGAGCAUACCAAUGAAAGUCUUUUGUAACAGUAUCACUCAUGUGGACUGGAAGUACGUCAAACACAGCCCGUUGAUCUUAGUCCAGACUUGUUUUUGACAUUCAAGUAUGAGCAUGGUGUGCAAAUAGUUGAUUUGCCUAUUGUUUUUUGCAUUUUGCUUUGUGGGGGUAUAAAAUAAAGCCAGUUUCUCAAACUGAAA